CCACCAGUUGAAACGAACUAGCCGGAGCCCGACUCGAGCGAAAGCGUACUGAGCACACCACCAACGAACACCAGAAAAACCUCGGCUCUCGUCUGCUCGAUCGAACAAGUUCCUCCUCCCCUUCUCCCCCCAUCCAUCCGGCCCUGGCGUUUCCCCCGCCGUUUCCGCGUCUCGAUCGUCUCGCCCCGCUCUCCGCCCGCGUCAGCCGGGAGUUUGGCCUGGCCAGCGCGGCGGCUGGCUAGGGUUUCUCCGGCGCGCGCCCGCGGCCGCCAUGGAGAACCUCAUCUCGCUCGUCAACAAGCUACAGCGCGCGUGCACCGCCCUCGGCGACCACGGCGAGGAGAGCGCGCUGCCCACCCUCUGGGACUCGCUCCCGGCCAUCGCCGUCGUCGGCGGCCAGAGUUCGGGUAAAUCGUCAGUGUUGGAGAGUGUUGUUGGGAAGGAUUUCCUGCCUCGAGGCUCAGGAAUUGUUACACGGCGCCCUCUGGUCCUGCAACUCCAUAGGAUUAAUGGAGAUAGAGAAUACGCAGAGUUCAUGCACAAUCCUACCGUUAAAUAUACAGAUUUUGCUCUUGUGAGGAAAGAGAUUGCAGAUGAAACUGAACGAGCUACCGGCCAUAAAAAGCAAAUAUCACCUGUGCCCAUUUAUUUGAGCAUAUAUUCACCAAAUGUUGUUGACCUCACUCUUAUUGAUCUUCCUGGCCUUACUAAAGUAGCUGUUGAGGGACAAUCUGACAGUAUUGUGCAAGACAUUGAAACCAUGGUUCGCUCAUUUAUUGAAAAGCCCAACUGCAUUAUUCUUGCAAUUUCUCCAGCAAAUCAGGAUCUUGCAACUUCCGAUGCCAUAAAGAUUUCACGUGAAGUUGAUCCAAAAGGUGAAAGGACCUUUGGCGUACUCACGAAAAUUGAUCUUAUGGACAAGGGCACAAAUGCUGUUGAUAUGCUAGAAGGAAGAUCCUAUCGACUACAAUAUCCAUGGAUUGGUGUUGUCAAUCGUUCCCAGCAAGAUAUAAACAAGAGCGUUGACAUGAUUGCUGCCAGGCAUAUAGAGCGUGAAUAUUUUGCAAAUACCACGGAAUAUAAAUACCUUGCUCAUAGAAUGGGAUCAGAGCACUUAGCAAAGAUGCUUUCAAAACAUUUGGAAUCUGUGAUUAAAUCAAGAAUUCCAGGGAUCCAAUCUCUUAUAAGCAAGGCAAUUGCAGAGCUAGAAGCUGAACUUCAUCGUCUCGGAAAACCUAUUGCUGCAGAUGCCGGAGGAAAAUUGUACACAAUUAUGGAAAUAUGCCGCAUGUUCGAUGGUAUCUACAAGGAGCAUCUGGAUGGAAUGCGCCCAGGUGGCGAGAAAAUCUACUAUGUAUUUGACAAUCAAUUUCCGGUUGCUCUCAAACGAUUGCAGUUUGAUAAGAAUCUUUCAAUGGAAAAUGUAAGGAAGCUUAUAACACAAGCUGAUGGAUACCAACCACAUCUCAUAGCUCCGGAGCAAGGGUAUCGUCAUCUUAUAGAGUCUUGCCUAGUAAGUAUUAGAGGUCCGGCUGAGGCAGCUGUUGAUGCGGUCCAUGCAAUACUCAAGGAACUAGUUCGCAAGGCUAUCAGUGAGACAGAUGAGUUAAAUCAAUUCCCCACUCUCCGUGUGGAAAUAAGCAAUGCAGCUUUUGAAUCAUUGGACAGAAUGCGGAAUGAAAGCAAGAAAAGUACUCUGAAGCUGGUUGAUAUGGAGUGCAGCUAUUUAACUGUUGAUUUCUUUUGGAAGCUUCCUCAGGAUGUUGAGAAGGGUGGAAAUCCAACAAACUCUAUUUUUGACAGAUACAAUGAUUCAUACCUUAGACGAAUUAGUACUAAUGUUCUGGCAUAUGUCAAUAUGGUAUGUUCAAGCUUGAGAAACUCCAUCCCUAAAUCUAUUGUUUAUUGCCAAGUCCGGGAGGCAAAGCGCACAUUGCUCGAUCGCUUCUUUACAGAAUUGGGAGCAAGAGAGAUCAAGCACAUUUCUAAGCUUCUUGAUGAAGACCCCGCGGUGAUGGAGCGUAGAGCUAACCUCGCCAAGAGGUUGGAACUAUAUCGGAGCGCCCAGGCAGAAAUCGAUGCGGUUGUGUGGGCCAGAUAGUCUUGUCAACUACCUUCCAUUUUUAGCGUUUUAUGGUUGAGCUCUCCCUCCAGGUAGUUUAGUUCAUGGAUAGUUGCAGCUGGAAGUUGCUACACAAACGAGUUCACAAAUCACGUUCUUAAAAUCUACACAAACGACUAAGAAUUAAUAUUUCAGCC